AUGGUUAGCGGGUUCCAGGGUUUACAUGGAGCAGCGCUGAGCGAAGAGAGUCCAAAGCUCUCUCGGAGCACAUUCCAUCAUUGGUGGUCGGUGUCCUCACCCUCGUCGCUUGGUGGGUGCACCAAGCUGACGACCACCUUUACCUCUGGAAAGAUGAAGAACAUGUUUCCCACGGUACUGAAUGUGGGCGAAGAGCUCAUCCGUGUGUUCGAUGAGAAGAUCUCCAGCUCCAGCUCCCCGCAAACCCUGGAGGUCACCAAUCUUCUGGCCCGCUUCACCGCCGACGUGAUCGGAGUCUGCGCCUUUGGCCUUAAGUGCAACAGCCUAAGAAAUCCCAAUGCGGAAUUCGUCAGGAUGGGAGAGUCGGCUUUAAACGAGCGUCGCCAUGGCAAGCUCGUGGACAUGCUCCUCUUCGGGGCACCCAGGCUGUCCGCCAAACUAGGCAUCAAGACUCUGCUGCAGCCGGUCGCGGACUUUUACAUGAACAUCGUCAAGGACACCAUCGAGUAGCGCAUUAAGAAUAAGGUCUCCCGGAUCGACUUUAUGGACAUGCUGAUCGAAAUGAAGCUGAAGUACGAUGGUGGCAACAAGCAGGAUGGCCUCACCUUCAACGAGCUGGCCGCCCAGGCCUUUAUAUUCUUCCUGGCGGGCUUCGAGACCAGCUCCACGACCAUGGGAUUUGCCCUGUUUGAGUUGGCCUCUAAUCCGGAUGUACAGGAUAAACUGAGGGCAGAAAUCGAUGGUGUCCUUAAGAGGCACAAUGGCAAGCUGGACUACGACAGCAUGCGGGAGCUAACCUAUCUGGAGAAGGUAAUCGAUGAAACCCUCAGGAAACAUCCCGUGGUGGCCCAUUUGGUUCGCAUGACAACCAAGCCCUAUGUCCAUAGUAACCCAAAGUAUUCCAUUGAUCGCGGCAUAGGCGUUCUUGUGCCCACCCUUGGCAUCCACCACGAUCCGGAGUUCUAUCCGGAGCCGGAGAAGUUUAUCCCUGAGCGCUUCGAUGAGGAACAGGUGAAGCAGCGACCCGCCUGCACUUUCCUGCCUUUUGGAGACGGUCCCCGGAACUGCAUUGGACUGCGAUUUGGAAGGAUGCAGGUGAUAGUGGGAAUGGCUCUGCUCAUCCACAACUACAAGUUCGAGCUGCAUCCCACCAAAACAUCGGUUCCCAUUAAGUACAAAGUCAAAAAUAUUCUGUUGAGCGCCGAGGGCGGAAUCAUCCUGAAUGUCAGCAAGAUGGCAAAGAACUAGGGUGAUUCACACUGCUGGAGUAAGAUAUUUUAUCCAGUUUAAUAUAAAUACUUAUUGAUUAUGAACAUGAAUAAUGGAAGCUUAUUUGAUUGUCUUGUAUUAUUGGUUAGUGAUACUACCCAUAACAACUGGAAUAAUCCAUUCAUAACUUUGCACUCAAACU